AUGAAACGAGGCAAGAGGUUGUAUACCAUCGGCCACAGCAACCGGUCUAUUGAGAACCUCAUAGAGACUCUUAAACACUUUGGAGUGCUACGGGUAGUCGAUGUGCGGCAAAGCCCCUAUUCAAAGAGGUUCCCACAGUUCUGUUCGAAACCAUUGAGAGCAUCAUUAGAGGCUGUUGGCAUUGAUUAUGAACAUAACGAAUGGUUGGGGGGGAAGGGUCGUGCAGUAGUGUACGACGAGGAGUGGAAUGGCACUGCUACGAAGCAAGGCAUACAACAGGUACUACAACUGACUGAAACGCUCGAAGAUGGGCGAGUGACGGUAUUGCUAUGCAGUGAAGGGGACUGGAGGCAAUGCCAUCGGGAAAUUCUGGCCGAUAUAAUCGUUCACUCAGGAGCUG